AUGUACGCCCAGAUUGGUAUAUUGGGUCUUGUCUUCAGCAGCUUCGUUGCUGCUGUGCCCUUGUCAGCUUCCGCAGGCCUCAUUUCUGCUGCGUCCUCGUCAGCUCCCGCAGGACAUGAAUGGCACAGGCCGGGCUCUGGUGAUAGCCGAGCGCCGUGCCCGAUGCUGAAUUCCAUGGCAAACCAUAACUGGCUCCCGCAUGACGGCAAGAACAUUGAUCUCGCCACGAUCCAGUCCGCCUUCGAGGCCGCCAUGGGCUUUUCCACAGAGUCCUUCGUCGGCAUCACGCAGGAGGCCCUUGCCGUGUCAACCACGGGCAACAGCUCGACAUUCAACUUGCAGGACCUGGCGCACCACGACGCUAUUGAACAUGACGGCUCGCUGUCGCGGAAUGACGCAUUUUUCGGUGAUGACCUGCACUUCAACCCCGUGAUCUGGGCCUCUACGGCGCUGCGAUACGGCAUUCGGGUCCCCUUCAGCUCGCCCGUCAUCACUGUGGAGACGGCCGCUAAAGCACGCGCCGCCAGGGUCAAGGACGCGAAACGCGUCAACCCGGCCUUCAACCUGACGUCUCAGGCGGGGAGCAUCGGAGAGACCAGUGUCUUCUUAACAGCCUUUUGGGACGAGAGUGCAGGCGGCGUCCCAAAGGAUUUUGCGCGGGUUCUUUUUGAGGAGGAGCGCAUCCCUUACGCUGAGGGCUUUGUGAAGGGGAACCGCACCUUGGCGGACGUGGUCGCGAUGAUCUCUAAAGUCGGGGCUGUCAAGGUAUAG